CAAUUUUACUAUUCAAUCAAAUUAGUUCUUGUUCAACAUUUCUCAAAUAGGAUUGUCCAAGAAAAUUAGGAAAAAAAAAGUUAAUCAAUUUAAUCAUUCAAGAGUAAAAACAAUAAAUUUAGACUACAAAAUAUUAGAUAUACGCAAAAUCCCUGAACAAACUACUACAUACUUUACCUAAAAAAAGAAACUACUAACUACAUACUUGAAGCGAGAGUGUGAUUGAGAGAAAUCAUCAAUCAAUAAUUUUGUAAAUUUGAAGAAUGAAACUUUAGGAUAUUUUCCCACAAAAUUUCUAAAAUGGUUUGGAACACACUCAAUAUGAUCACGCUCUUAGUUCCGUUGCUGCUAUCACCGGCGUUGCCAAAUGUUCUGGCUUGGGGAAAAGAUGGUCACUAUGCAAUUUGUAAAAUUUCACAGGAGUAUCUUAGUGAAGAUGCUCUAUUUGCAGUCAAGCAAUUACUUCCGGAUUCUGCUGAAGGUGAUCUUGCUUCAGUUUGCUCUUGGCCUGAUGAGAUUCGCCAUAAUUACCAUUAUUGUUGGAGUAGUCCUUUACAUUAUAUUGAUACACCAGAUUUCAAAUGUAACUAUCAAUAUUGCAGAGACUGUCAUGAUUCUUAUGGACAUAAGCAUAGAUGCGUUACUGGAGCAAUAUACAAUUAUACAAUGCAAUUAAAAUUAGCUAACGCCGAUGCUUCAUCUGAAUUAAAAUAUAACUUGACAGAGGCACUUAUGUUCUUGUCACAUUUUGUUGGAGAUGUUCAUCAGGUUUGUUCUUCCUGGUUCCUAUUCAAAACCUAUUGAACAAUUGAAUAAAUACCUAGUUUAAUUUAAGAAGUAAGUGGUUACACCUUGAGUUGUGGUUUUCUCUUGUUGGAGUAAGCAUUUGAUUGUUGCUAUGUUCUUGGCCAAUGUAUUUCCGGCAUCUUUCCUUGUAUUUUCUCAUUUCAAGUUGGAAGUGUUUUGAACACCUUUCAACUUGAGGGGGACUAUUAGAGAUAUAGAUUAGUAGCAUAUUAGUCCUAGUAGAGAAUAGUAUAAAUAACUUGUAACCACCCCAUUAGAGGGAACUUUUCUCAUUUUGUAAUAUUCCAUUUUCAUCAAUAGAAAGAGUUUCUUAGUUUUCUCU